AUGAAGAAACUUACGGCAGGAGGCGGAGCCGCUGCAGUUACGCGCAAAAACUCCAACAACAACGAGGUGUGGCGCGUGAAAGACGAUCAUUGCGCACCUGUCACUUCCACUGCACUACGCCAGAGGGAUGCUGCUGCUCCUCCUCCUGCUGCUGAUGAAGGAGGAGGAGGAGGGAGGAGUAGUGUCCGAGGCGCAUCAGAAGCGCAGCGCAAAAGUGGAGCUGGUACUGAGGCGCGCGAGGAGCCCGUCGAUAUGAUAUGCAACAAGAACGGAGACUGCAGAAGGGACCCGACCAGUUCUGGAAGUCUCUCCUCCCUCAUCUCCAGGCAUGAGAAACAGGCGGAUGGAGCAGUGACAGGUGAGGAGCAGGGUGCGAGCGCGGACGGCUCGGUCACCUCCGCGGCACCCCUGAUGAUGCAAGGGUCAGGAGCUGAAGCUCCCGGGGUCAAGACCGCGGCAAACACGGAGAAAAAGGACUCCAGAGUGUCCUUCUCUAACGCUCCGAGCAAAGCGCAGACUCCCGGCCAGCAGUCCCGAAGUUCAGUCACAUUCACCAAAGCCGAGGACGCUUCUCAGAUAGUCCCUGAUGAUGGAGACUCCAGGGGCAACCAGACCUACAUGCAGCGCCAGUUCAGUUCAAUGCUUCAGCCCGGAGUUAACAAGUUCUCUCUGCGAAUGUUUGGUAGUCAGAAAGCCGUGGAGAAAGAACAAGAGCGCGUCAAAUCAGCGGGGAACUGGAUUAUUCACCCAUACAGCGACUUCAGGUUCUACUGGGACUUCACCAUGCUCAUGUUCAUGGUGGGCAACUUGAUCAUCAUCCCAGUGGGCAUCACUUUCUUUAAAGAUGAGACCACCACACCAUGGAUCAUCUUCAAUGUGGUCUCUGACACUUUCUUCCUCAUUGACCUGGUUCUCAACUUCAGGACGGGUAUAGUGUUCGAGGACAACACUGAGAUCAUCCUUGAUCCGAAGAAGAUUAAGAAGAAGUACCUGAAGAGCUGGUUUUUGGUGGACUUUGUGUCUUCCAUACCUGUAGAUUAUAUAUUCCUCAUUGUCGAGAAAGGAAUGGACUCUGAGAUGUACAAGACAGCCCGAGCACUUCGAAUUGUCCGUUUCACGAAGAUCCUCAGUCUGUUGCGCCUGCUGAGACUGUCCAGACUCAUUCGUUACAUCCAUCAGUGGGAAGAGAUCUUCCACAUGACCUACGACCUGGCCAGUGCUGUCAUGCGUAUAAUUAACCUGAUUGGUAUGAUGCUGCUGCUGUGUCACUGGGAUGGCUGUCUCCAGUUCCUGGUCCCCAUGCUGCAAGACUUUCCAUCCGACUGCUGGGUCUCACUCAACAAGAUGGUGAACGACUCGUGGAGUGAGCUCUAUUCCUUCGCCCUCUUUAAGGCCAUGAGCCACAUGCUGUGCAUUGGUUAUGGACGACAAGCCCCAGAGAGCAUGUCAGACAUCUGGCUGACCAUGCUCAGUAUGAUUGUUGGCGCCACCUGCUAUGCCAUGUUCAUCGGACACGCGACCGCACUAAUCCAGUCCCUGGAUUCAUCCAGACGUCAGUAUCAAGAAAAGUACAAACAAGUGGAGCAGUACAUGUCGUUCCACAAACUACCGGCUGACUUCCGACAGAAAAUCCAUGACUACUACGAACAUAGAUACCAGGGCAAGAUGUUUGAUGAGGAGAGCAUCCUGGAAGAACUUAAUGAGCCACUACGUGAGGAAAUUGUCAACUUCAACUGCCGAAAGCUGGUGGCCUCAAUGCCACUGUUUGCCAAUGCUGACCCCAACUUUGUGACAGCUAUGCUGACCAAACUGAGGUUUGAAGUCUUCCAACCUGGAGACUACAUCGUCAGGGAGGGCACCAUCGGCAAGAAAAUGUACUUCAUCCAGCACGGAGUAGUCAGCAUCCUCACCAAAGGAAACAUCAGCAUGAAGCUGAUGGAUGGAUCCUACUUUGGGGAGAUCUGUCUGUUGACACGCGGCAGACGGACAGCCAGCGUGAGAGCAGACACCUACUGUCGUCUCUAUUCGCUGUCUGUGGACAAUUUCAAUGAGGUGCUGGAGGAGUACCCCAUGAUGAGGAGGGCCUUUGAGACUGUUGCCAUUGACCGAUUGGACAGAAUAGGCAAGAAGAAUUCAAUCUUGAUGCACAAAGUUCAGCACGAUCUCAACUCAGGUGUUUUCAACAACCGUGAGAAUGAAAUGAUCCAGGAGAUCGUCAAAUAUGAUCGGGAGAUGGUUCAACAGGUGGGAGCACCACGGCCGAGGGCCAUGUCCAUGACACCUUCCCUGCAUGGUGGCGUUUACACUCCGACAGGUUCUUCUGGACAACCUCAGAGUUCUGCAGUUGGCACACUUCAGCAGGCUGUAGCUAUGAAUUUUUGUUCCUCUGCAGCAGGGAAUCCCCUGGGAACAGGGAACCUGCAGUCUCCCAGGACGGUUAGGAGAUUCCAGAUGAUGCAAAGUGUAUCCAGCCCUGUCUCGACCACUCCUCUGCAGUCUCAACAGUCCAUUCACUCACAGCUACUUGCUUCUGGUAUCUUUGCUCCAGUCCUGUCCAGCCCACCCGUCCAGAGCCCUCUGGCUGUCGGAGGACGAUCAUUCCAAUAUGGAGCCAAUGCCAUGGCUGGUACUUCAUCAGGUUCCCAGCUUUCUCUAGUCCAGCAGCACAUAGUCAGCCCCACACACCGGCCCAGCACACAUAAAAGCACCCAUUCCUUACAAAUGGGAACUUUAACCCAAGAUGCCAGGGCACUCUCUGCCUCUCAGCCCUCACUGCCUCACGAUGGAGCACAACCAGGAGCCCCAAGCCCUCCACAGUCUACACGAGUGUCCUCCACUUCGAUUGGACCUCCUCAUGCCUCAAUUGGACAUGCAGGCCUCCGGAGUGCUAUACAACACAGGGUAGUACUGCCCCACCAAAUAUCUGUGGGAGCAUUCCCUGCAGCUUCCCUGCCCAGUUCCGUACAGGUGUCCGGUGCAGGGCUGGUGGUAGGGGGUGUGGGAACAGCUCUAGGGGAGGCAGGACUACCUAAGAAGGACUCCAUAGUUAGCCUUCCUGAGACAGACCACAUCAGAGUCAGAUCCAGGCUAUCCUCAAACUUGUGAUCUUAAUGAAACCCUUCUAGGUGAGUGAGUUAGAGAGGGUGGAUUUGUUUGACUGCAGGAACA